AUCUCUCACAUUUCAUAUACAAUACAAAAUUUUAGCCUUUUUUCCCCUUUCAAUCAAGAUGACAAAGAUUUCCGCCGUGCUGGUGCUGCUGAUUGUGGUGGCCGGAGAGCUAGUAGUGGACGCUGGCCGGUUGCUUCAGGAAUCGAAGCCGGGCGAUGGCAAAUUUGGAGCAGAGGCGAACGCCAUAUUCCCCUUCUUUGCUCCGCUCCCCAAGCUGCCUCCGCUGCCGAGCAUACUCCCGCCACCGGUGCCACUCCCUCCGCUCCCCAAGCUGCCUCCGCUGCCGAGCAUACUCCCGCCGCCGGUGCCACUCCCUCCGCUCCCCAAGCUGCCGACCAUCCCGCCCAUUGGCGUCCGUUUUCCUUCCCCUCCUUCCAACUGAUAAAGACAGCUCAGCACAAUGUAAGAAGCGAUGAAUAAGAAGACUGCCAGCAAAUAAAAGAACUAGACAUUACUAUUACUAUUCUAUUAGUGACGAAUAAGUGAAGAAUGCUCCGGCCGGGGAAGAGCAACUAUAGCUAUAUAUUACUCUCUCCGUUGCUUUAGAUAAUACUUCUGUUACGUUUUAACCGCUUGAGUUGUUUUUUUUUUUCAUUAGGUACCCUUUGCUAGUCUGUGAGGGAAUCAAUGAGAAAUUAAAUUAGAGAUAUUAUUAAUAAAUUGGCGGUGACCCAGUGUUUUAUCUUUAUUUAUUGAUCAGCUCUGUUUUCCUCGACUUGAUUGCUAGAGCUAGCUAGUUACACGACUUAAUCGAUCAUCAGCCAAAUUCCGUGCACUGCAUUUUCAGCUUCAGAACGGCUACUUUUGGGGUGGACAUUGAGCGGUUCGAGUGGGUUCGGUUUCAAAUAUAUUCAUCGGUUUGGUAAUAAGUUGGUAUAUUAUUA